UUCUUUCAAACUCGUAAAGCACAAACAGGCUCAAGUCGAGAGAGAGGGAGAAAGAGAUGGAAAUGGAAGGAAUUGCAGUAAACAACAGAAGGGAAAUGGAAGGAGAGAAGACAAAGAAAGAAGAUAAUAGGUUAGAAUUAGAGUUAGAGAUUGUCUUGGUGACGCUGGGCACGGUUCUGCUAGUUGCAGGUCUGAAGCACGCCAUGACUUCCCUGCUUGAGCAAUGGCGCGCGCUGGUCUUCCUCUUACUCAACCUCGUCCUCCUAUCCAUCCUCUUCAUGUCCAUUCCCUCCUCUUCUGCGUCAUUUAACCACAAGGACUACAGUGCAGAAAAAAGCACUACCCCAGACGGCAAUGAUACUCAGUCCCAGAUCAUCACCAACAAUGGCAAGAGCAAGGAACAAUGCACUGAUCAUCCGGCGCCAGCGGAGGAGGACCUCCAUAACAACAUAGAUGAUGCUGAAGACGUCAUGCUCACAGAGCCUGUCGAUGAUGACGACGACGGAGAAGGCAACCCUCGGCUAACAAAAGAGGAGCUUAAUGCACGGGUGGAAGCUUUCAUUCUGAUGUUUAGGCAGCAGCUGGCGUUGGACGCCAAGAGGGGAGGCUUCUGCUUUGCAUCCAGAGUUGAUUCAACUCCUUCACUUGGCGUAGUCUCGUAGAAGGAAGCACGUACAAUCGCUCCCCGGUGAUUCUAUGCCAUGGUUUAUAAUAUAUCUCACCGGCCGUUCACCAUUGGAUCCCAGAUUAGAGAAAGCUAGCCUGAGGUUCAGAAGGAGUUGUUCGGAUGCAAUGGUGAACGGCCGGGGCCGACUGAACACAGCAUAUCUGUCGACUGCCGAUCGCUCCGAGAUGUUCUUAGUAGUUAUAUUUGCUCAUUUGUGUGGGAUGUAUUUGAUGUCAGCAUGCAAUUCGCCAUUUUGGACCUUUUGGUGCUUGGUUUUGCCUCA